GCUCCAUAAACCCAUACUUUUGCACCGUUUACCGAAAUCGGUGCAUCACACGGCGGUGAUAUCCGAUUUUUGUUUUGUUUCAUUAAAUUCUAGCUGCUUGGAUUCUAUUGAUUAUCGUUUAUCUAAUCAUUUUAGCCCAUGAGUUGAAAUAAUUGACCGUCGUGGAUUUCAAAUUAACUGACAAAUUUUCAGCCAGUUGUAAUAGCGGCGUCACACAAGGUGGUAACAUUUGUGCAAAUAAUUUCUGAAAAUGUUGACUCAAUUUGCUGGUAACUUGUCGUCUACCGUAGAGGCGGGGCAGAUAUUCGUCAUUGGAGCAAGGCCCAUUGAUGAUGCGGAGAGAGUAAACAUCAACUUCCUGUCGGGGAAAUCGGAUGAUGCGGACAACAUUUUGCAUAUUUCGAUCCGGUUUCACGACGACAUAAUCGUGAGGAACUCCAAGCUCGGUGGCAGCUGGGGUGGUGAAGAACGCGAAGAUAACUUGAGCGAAUUGACCGCACCUAACCCAAUCAGCCCAGGGGAAAUCUUCAAACUGUACAUCUUGAUUGGGGAUGAUCGGUUCCAUAUUGCCAUCAAUGGACAUUCGUACUGUACAUACGGGUUCCGGGCAGCACUGUCGGAGCUUCGUACCAUCAAAGUGGACAAGGAUGUUCAACAAAUAGUGCAAGUGGACCACCGCCAAGCCUUUCCGACACCUUUUCCGGCAAUUCAAUUCGACGAAGUAUUCAACUCGUUCAGCAAUGAUGUGCCAAAGCCGUUUUUACCAGGACAUGUAAUCAUUAUCACUGCCAUACCAUUUGGCAACCCUCGUGGUCGUUUCAUCAUUCGUUUCACUGAAAACGGCACCAAACGCCAGGCACUGCAUUUUAAUCCACGUUUCGAUCCCCUCUACACGGUUGUUCGAAACUCGCACACCGAAACACUUGAGUUCCGCCGUGAAGAGGAGACCAGCGGAGGUUUCCCAUUCGUGAUGGAUCAGCAAUUCAAGUUGGCAAUCGCCAUGGCGGAUGGUGAGUUCAAGUUUGCGGUCAAUGGCAGUUACUUCGAGGCGUACGCUUAUCGGAACGCUAAUCAAUUGGACAUCCUGAAUGGGUUCAAAGUGCAGUGCAUCAACGGUAUGCAACUUGAAGUAACCAAUGUGGACCACUUGAAUAUGGGAGUACCGGAUUGUGAGGGAUUCGAAAGCUAUUCCCACCCGGAAGUGGAAAUUUUCUAAUUGAUUGACGAUUGCAAAUGACAUAAUUACUCGAACUAUAUGGAUAUGAUUUCUUAAUUAAGCUA